AGAUGGCGGACUGCGUUUCGCUGUUAGAUGAGGAGCUCUCUUCCUUCGUCUUUAAUUACCUGACAGAAAACUCCGGAAGCCCGUAUGGGGAGGAGGAGGAGGUCUGCUCGGACCCCCUGGACACCGAUUUCCCAGACUUCGACCUCUCGCAGCUGGACGCCAGCGACUUCGAUUCAGUGAACUGCCUCGGCGAACUGCACUGGUGCAACGACCAAGCCAACAGCUCCCCCGCCUCCAUUCAGUACAGCGUCGGGGACGCCGAGCUCUUCGAGACAGAGGAGGAGAAUGCGGCGCUGCUGGCCGCUCUCACGGACAGCCUGGAUGGCAUUGUGGAGGACGGGGUGGGGGGGCUGUCUGUGUUCCCCUCGCUGGGCGAAGACCCUGAGGAGGAAGAGGAGGAGGAAGACGACCUCCUCUUGGACAGUGAGCCCGCCCCAGGCUCGCUGAGCCCAGAGACUGAAGACCCGUCUCUACUAAAGAAGCUCUUACUGACCCCCCCAAAUGGGCUCACGAGUCUGGACAUUAACAAAGUGAGCAGUGUGCUUAGUAAGACUCCGCAAAUCAAACCCGUCUGGUCUCAUCCAAAGCGAGACAGAACAUCUGCAUCAGAAAGGAAGCCACGUGCAUUCAGGCCUGCAGGCCACCUCUGCACCGAGCUGCACCGUCACCUCACCCAGGAGCCCAACACUGAGGGCACACCCUCAGCCGACACCGAGGAAGAAGAAGAGGAGGACGAAGAGGAUGAGGACAGUGACUCGGAGGAUGAGGGGGAAGAGGAAGAGGAAUCUUCAUCCUGCAGCGAGGUGGAGAGCAAUGUGUGCGCUGAACCACCCGAGCCUCAGUUCCCCUCCGAAAAGGAGCGUAACUCUGUAGUGGAGCUGAUCCGCUACAUGCACACGUACUGUGUCCCCAUGCGCAAACAGGCCAGCUGGGACCGCAAGGAGCGUGAAAACCAGGCACGCAGGGCAAAAGCCGAAAAUCCCGCAGUGCCCCGCAACGUCACGCCCACCAUUUCCAAACUCGCCACCACGAGUGCCAGCACUGCCACCGCCAGUGUAGUAACCAAGCCCAGGAAUCCCUUCGCACGGCGGCGGGAAACCAAGUCUCAUUCACUGCUCAAGGAGCUACUGGAGGCCGUCGCCUUAUUCGACGUGAGCAAGCCUUACAGACUGCACAGUCCCCCUUACAGCCAUAGCAGGGGUGCAGCAGGCGGUCCCAAAACUGAGCACAAAGUCAUGAGCGUCACAGAGAGCUCACAGGCGGAUUCCAAACGGCCAAAAUCCUCGGACCCGGAUGAGGGCUCGUUUUCCGUUCGGCGCUCCCGCCGUUUGGCAUCGUUUCCAAGUCGCUUCGCAAAGCGAUCACGCAUGAGUGGGCGCUCCACCGAGGACAAGAGCUCAGUCCGACAGCUAAGUGUGGAUUCUCCUGUCGAGGAGAGCAAUCAAAACGCCCGGAAGAGUCCCGAAACCUCGACCCCCUGCUGUAAUGAUGAAAAGCGUGCCCGCCUUUGUCUGCCACUGACUUCUAAAUCCACAGGAGAUACCCAGUAUCCCAGCAGGCCGUUUGAACAGACUCUCUGUGUGGAACUAUGUGGAACUGCAGGAUUGACUCCGCCCACGACACCCCCCCACAAGCCUGUCGAGGAGGAGCUCUUCAAACCAGAGGGUAAAACCGAACUGCCCGGUAAAGGCUUUUGCCCAGUACGGACACACCUCCGGAAACUUCCCGAGCAGACCGAGCUGUACGCCCAGCUGCAGCGAAUGGGCCCAACGAGUGAAGUCGAGACUAAGCGCGGCUAUGGUGACCACGACUACUGCCUGCUGAACCUAGGUGAGAGUCACAAGAGGAUCGCUGCCAUCCUUCCCGCAUCCGUCUGCCACACCAAGAUGGAAGAGACAGAGGUGGAGAUUGGGGAGAAGAACAGACAGAAAGAGAUGCCGGCUGAAAGGGAGGAGGCUCAGCAGGUUGAACUAUCUCCAGAUUUAUCCCCACGCCCACCUGAGGAGCCCGGGCAACCCUCGCCGGCCUGCUCACCCAUGCCUGAAGCUGAUGAGUCCCGGGACUCGUGUCAUCCACCCUCACCCUGCCAACAACUUAACUCCAGUUGUGAGAGUCACCUCGACCAGCAGAGCAAUAACAUUACACAUGGAAAAGAUGAGGAUGGGGACAAGUGCCAAGUGUUGUACAUUCACAACCUGCCGAGCAGCGUCACACAGGCCGUCCUGCGCAAGCGCUUCGAAGCCUUCGGUGAGCCAGACGACUGCAGAGUGCUCAUCAAAAACGAGGAGCGCUGUGGCAUCAUCACUUUCAGACAGACUCAGAACGAGGUCAAUCAGAAGCACAGGCGGGACUUAAUGGGUCAGCAUGGAGGAAAUGGUCGCAGGUUCAGCAGGAAGCGAUACAUAGAUCUGGACGAGGCAGGACCAGGUCCAGUGAAGAGCAAGUACGACGCCCUGGACUUUGAUACUCUACUAAAGGAGGCUCAGAGGAGUCUGCAGCGCUGAUACGCCUUAAAGCGAGCUCGGUGAUCCUCGCUCCAGAGCUGCCUCAACCUCAGCCCAGACUCCACCUCAUGUUUACAUUUUUGAACUUUGAAUCGGGAAAAGGGGGGGCGGGUUGAGGGACGACGGAACUCUUGAUAAGGACGGAGUGCCGUCGAGGCACGAGGACAAGUAAAAAACUCAAGAAAUGAAACAAGAAGAAAAAUGUGUGGGCGUCUAUAAAAAACACGAGCGGCCUCUGCUGACUCGGAGCGGCGCUGGCUUCUGUAGCAAACCCU